AGGGAUUGGCAGAGAGGGUGGAGGACACUGAGUGGAGUCAGUGAAGGGAUUGGCAGAGAGAGGUGGAGGACACUGAGUGGAGGCCAGUGGAGGGAUUGGCAGAGAGGGGUGGAGGACACUGAGCAGAGGUCAGUG